CCAACUGUAGCUCGGCUAGUUUACAGGCUAACGGGCUAACUCCUGUCUUUAGCGUUAUUUCCCCCCUUUGUUAGCCUGUACUGUAUUUCACGAUGCCCCCAAAGACUAAAAGCAAAAAGGUCGUGAAGGCGAAGUCCUCGGCCGUAGUGGACGGUCUUUCCACGGAUGAAAUGUCUAAAGAUCAGCUGGAGGAGCACAUCAUUCGCCUGCGAGAGGAGCUGGACAGAGAGCGGGAGGAGAGGAGCUACUUCCAGCUGGAGAGGGACAAGAUCCAGGCAUUCUGGGAAAUCUCCAAGAGGAGCCUGGAGGAGACGAAUGCCGAGCUGAGGAACAGGCAGAGGGAGAGGGAGGAGGCGGAGGAGCGCCACCGGGUGGAGAUCACUGUGUACAAGCAGAAGCUGAAGCACGUCCUGUCUGAGCAACACAACACCGUCUCUGGGCUGAAGAUCGACGGCGUCUCCUCGAGCGGACUCAUCCGGCUGCAGAACGCUGAGAAGGAGCUCGGGCUGAGGACAGAAACGCACGGCCUGCAGGGGGACUUCAGGGAGAAGAAGCUCCACAACGAGAACUGCAUCAAGGAGCUCAAACUGAAACACCAGGUGGAGUUGAUGGAGCUGACAAACACCUUCGACAAAAGAUUCAGAGAUAUUGAGGUGAAAUACCACAAGAAAACCGAGGCGAUGAUCCAAGCGGAGGGUAAGAGGCGGCGUGCGGAGGUUUUAGAGGUGGAGGACCGGAUGAAUGGUCGUGUUGUGGCUCUGAUGGAGGACCAGGAGCGAGCUCUCAGAGGAGCAGAGGAGUACUACUCUGCUGUUCAGAGCAAACUGAUGGGGGAUCAGAAGCUGCUGAAGGAGGAACUUGCGGAGGUGACGAAGCUUCAGGUUCGAUCCGACAAAGACCUCUCCUCAGCGCAGCAGGAGAACAGGAAGCUGAGCGACGCUCUGCAGGAAGCCCAGCAGACGCUGCCCGCUCUGCACCGACAGCUGCAGGAGGACCAGCAGGCCAAGAACAAGAUGGUGGCGAGUCGAGCUCGAGUGAAGCUCAUGGAUCAGGAGCUCAGAGAUCUGACCGUGGAGCACGAGCUGCUGCUGCAGGCCUUCGAAAAG